UUUUCUUCCAUACUCGUAGGAGCAGUCGACGACUCCUCCCCCUUUCUUCGGAGCUGGAUCGCAGCUGACCAGCUAUAAAACCCGGAGACGAUUGGCUUCAUAUCCAAGCAGUUUUCAUCAGACAACAAGCCGACGACACAAUGAGAACCUUCGUGAUUUUAGCUUUGGCCGUCUGUGCCGUGUCUGCUCUACCUCAAGGUGGCAGGGUAGUCGAAGAAGUUGUGGAGGUCGAAGCAAAGACCACGACCACCCCUGUACCCAUCAUCAAGCAGAUCAACAAGGUGAACGACGAUGGCUCCUACACGUUCGGUUACGAGGCUGGCGAUGGCUCUUUCCGUAUCGAAAAGAAAGAACUCAACGGUCACGUCAAAGGAAAGUACGGCUACAUCGACGAGACUGGAACUCUCCAAGUCCUCGAAUACGAGACUGGCAAAUCUGCUGCCAACAAGACCCUCGGCUUCCAGACGUCCGGAGGUCUGAACCCGUUCCCGAUCGUCGUCGGAGAAAGUUCUCCACAGCAGAAAAUCAAAGACAGGGAAUACUCUAGCGUUGAUGAGAACGAGGACGGUAUUCCCGAUGACCAAGAAGGCCGCGCCCGUCGGCCAGUGCCUGCUGCCCAGCAGCCUUUCUUCAUCCCAAGUGAAGUCAGCGCAUCGGCCGCUGCCUCCACCCGCGUCGUGAGGAAAUCGCCUCCCGUCAUGCACUACGCUUAGAACAGCAAGCAAAAAUAAAACAAGAAUCAAAUCGUGUUGGACUUGGUGAUGUCCACCAUAGUCCUUCAACAUCCUGUAACCAUAUUUGCCCCUUUCCCUGCGCCAACAGUUUGACUUUACCCCUUUUCAUUUUUCUUCUGAAUAAAAAGGAUCUAUGUCGUUA